UCGCUGCUCUCACCAAGGAGCUGAAUGCCUGCCGGGAGCAGCUGCUGGAGAAGGAGGAGGAGAUCUCCGAGCUGAAGGCAGAGCGGAACAACACGCGGCUCCUGCUGGAGCACUUGGAGUGCCUGGUGUCCAGACACGAGCGAUCGCUCCGCAUGACUGUGGUCAAGAGGCAGGCCCAGUCGCCUUCUGGCGUCUCCAGCGAGGUUGAGGUUCUCAAAGCUCUCAAGUCACUGUUUGAACACCACAAAGCACUAGAUGAAAAGGUGAGGGAAAGGUUGCGGGUUUCACUUGAGAGGGUCUCAGCCUUGGAAGAGGAGUUGACGGCCGCCAAUCAGGAAAUCACAGCCUUACGGGAGGAAAAUGCCCGCAUCCAGAGGAAAGUGGCAUCCGGGGAGGGUGCAGAGGAGCUGCCAGAGAGCGCCGAUAUCAGCCAGAAGGCGCACAGCAAGCGUCUGUCCAAUGGCGCCAUGGAGACCGUCAGCGAGGCCAGCCAGGUGCUGGAGCUGCAGGAGCUGCUGGAGAAGCAGAACUACGAGCUGGCCCAGAUGAAGGAGCGCAUGUCCUCGCUGGCCUCGCGCGUGUCCGAGGUGGAGCAGGAGCUGGAGACGGCCCGCAAGGAUCUAAUCAAGUCCGAGGAGAUGAACAACAAGUACCAGAGAGACAUCAAGGAGGCCAUGUGUCAGAAGGAGGACAUGGAAGAGCGCAUCGUCACCCUGGAGAAGCGCUACCUCAGCGCCCAGCGGGAGUCCACCUCACUGCACGACAUCAGUGACAAGCUGGAGAAUGAGCUGGCCAACAAGGAGGCUUUCUUGAGACAGAUGGAGGAGAAGAACCGGCAGCUGCAGGAGAGGCUGGAGCUGGCUGAGCAGAAGCUGCAGCAGACCAUGAGGAAGGCGGAGACGCUGCCCGAGGUGGAGGCUGAGCUGGCCCAGAGGAUUGCGGCCCUCACCAAGGCGGAGGAGCGGCACGGGAGCAUCGAGGAGCGCAUGCGGCAGCUGGAGGGCCAACUGGAGGAGCGCAACCAGGAGCUGCAAAGAGCCCGGCAGAGGGAGAAGAUGAACGAGGAGCACAACAAGCGUCUGUCGGACACCGUGGACCGGCUGCUGACCGAGUCCAACGAGCGACUGCAGCUCCACCUGAAGGAGAGGAUGGCGGCCCUGGAGGAGAAGAAUGUCUUAAUUCAGGACUCGGAGAACUACAGAAAACAGCUGGAAGAUUCGCUCCAUGAAAAAUCUCAGCUGGCUGAAGAGAUGGAGAAGCUGAGGUCAGAGCUGGACCAGUACAAAAUAAGGGCUGGGUCACUUACGGAACAAACCUUGUCACGGUCUCACCUGGACACGUCCACGGAUCUGCGGUUCUCCCUUGGCUCUCUGGCCGACACGCAGUCUGAGCACUACAGGUCGGCCAAGGCGGCCCGCAGGUCGAGAAGAGGCCGUUUGGGCCUCCACAGAGACGAGCCACAGGCCAAGUCACUGGGAGAGCACGAAUGGCGGGCGCAGCAGCUGGGGGUCCUGGGCACGCACACUUUUGAGAGCGACACGGAGAUCUCGGACAUCGACGACGACGAUCGCGACACCCUCUUCAGCUCGAUGGAGCUGCUGUCCCCUGGUGGGCAUUCGGAUGCUCAGACCCUCGCCAUGAUGCUGCAGGAGCAGCUGGAUGCUAUUAACAAGGAAAUCCGGCUCAUCCAGGAGGAGAAGGAGUCAACGGAGCUCCGGGCAGAGGAGAUCGAGAGCCGUGUGGCCAGCGUUAGCCUGGAGGGUCUGAACCUGGCCCGCGUGCACCACCCGGGAAUGUCCCUCACUGCUUCGGCCACCGCCUCCUCCCUGGCCAGCUCCUCCCCCCCCAGCGGCCACUCCACCCCCAAACACACUCCCCACAGUCCCGCCCGCGACAUGGAGCGCAUGGGCGCUAUGACGCUGCCCAGCGAUUUGCGGAAGCACAGGAGGAAGAUCGCAGUGGUGGAUGAGGACGGCCGAGAGGACAAGGCCACCAUCAAGUGCGAGACUUCCCCGCCAUCGACCCCACGCCAAGUGCGGAUGACCCACACGCUACCUGGCUCCUCUCACAGCGACCCUCGCGGCCUGACCAUUGGCAUGGAGGCCGAGGUCAGUGCCCUCAGCAGUGUCACCAGCAGCCAGGACUCCCUUCACAAGCAAACCAAGAAGAAGGGCAUCAAGUCCUCCAUCGGAAGGCUCUUCGGCAAGAAGGAGAAGGGACGACUGGGCCUGCUGGGCAAGGAGUUGGGUGGUCCCGGUGCAGGAGUGAUGUUAGAUCCGGAACUGACAGGUCAGGACCUUGCGAUGGGGAAGCUGGGCACCCAGGCAGAGAAGGACAGGAGGCUGAAAAAGAAGCAUGAACUACUGGAGGAGGCGAGGAGGAAAGGCCUGCCUUUCGCCCAAUGGGACGGCCCCACCGUGGUGGCCUGGCUGGAGCUCUGGCUGGGCAUGCCCGCCUGGUACGUGGCAGCCUGCCGCGCCAACGUGAAGAGCGGCGCCAUCAUGUCGGCCCUGUCGGACACGGAGAUCCAGCGGGAGAUCGGCAUCAGCAACCCACUGCACCGCCUGAAGCUACGCCUGGCCAUCCAGGAGAUGGUGUCCCUCACCAGCCCCUCGGCGCCCCCCACCUCCCGGACCCCCUCGGGCAAUGUCUGGGUGACCCACGAGGAAAUGGAGACUCUCGCAGCUCCCACCAAAAUGAAGUCCGAGUCCGAGGAGGGAAGCUGGGCACAGACCCUGGCAUACGGUGACAUGAACCACGAGUGGAUCGGCAACGAGUGGCUGCCCAGCCUGGGGCUGCCGCAGUACCGCAGCUACUUCAUGGAGUGCCUGGUGGACGCCCGCAUGCUGGACCACCUCACCAAGAAGGACCUCAGGGUGCACCUCAAGAUGGUCGACAGCUUCCAUAGGACGAGCCUGCAGUACGGAAUCAUGUGCUUGAAGAAGCUCAACUACGACAGGAAGGAGCUGGAGAGAAGAAGAGAACAGAGUCAGCACGAGAUCAGAGAUGUGCUGGUGUGGAGCAAUGAGCGCGUGAUCCGCUGGGUGCAGAGCGUCGGCCUCCGUGACUACGCCAACAUCCUGCAGGAGAGCGGCGUGCACGGUACCCUCAUCACCCUCGACGACAACUUCGACUACAGCAGUCUGGCUCUGCUGCUGCAGAUCCCCACCCAGAGCACGCAGGCACGCCAGAUUCUGGAGAGAGAGUUUAACAAUCUGCUGGCCCUGGGCACGGACCGCCGGCUAGAUGAAGACUUCCAGCGCGGCUCGGCCUGGAGGAGACAGUUCCCACUUCGGGACGUGCACCGGAUCAGCAUGAUGCCCGGCUCCGCCGAGACACUGCCGGCCGGAUUCCGGCUCACCGCUACAUCAGGCUAUUCCCGCAGGAUACCACCCGAUGCGGGUCCGGCCACAGUGCAGAGGCUGGACAGCUCAACCGUGCGCACCUAUUCCUGCUGAGCAGCCAAUAGGAGCGAGCCGUGCUGAACCCUGUCGAGACUCCUCAGACUGGGGAGGGCGAGCGAGUUUGCCGGAGGUCCGGCGAGACACACUGCCAGGGAGCGCCCCCUCUGGUGGGCACGGGCCGGGCCGCCCCUCUGCUCCCACUGCCGACUGCGGCCUCUCUCCAACUGCCCUCCGUCAGCAUUCCUACCCUUUUCUCGUAACUAGUCACACAGUACAUAUGCUUUAACGGAACCUAUAGGCUGUAUGUAAAAUAAUAUAAAUAUGUUUUUAUAUAUAAUACAUAUAAAUGGGAAAAAAACAUACUCAAGCGUGUGCAUAUAAUAUUCCAGGAUGCCAUUUAAAUGUUGGAAUAAUGCUGCUAUUUGUACCCUACUUUCCAUGAAGCUGUUUUUCUUUUUUGUAUGUUAAUGUUUUUGAUCCCAGCCCGCCGGGUUUGAAGUACAUCACGGCGAUAGCGCCACCUAGGGGUAUUUUAAAAUCGGCUGCGUCGCCCUGGCAACGGUGACGCGGCUCCACCUUUAUAACUGCGAAAGCCAGCCUCCGCUUUCUGUAGGCGUUCCACCGGCACAGAGGGGUUCUGGGAAAAAAUGCGCAGAAGCACGUUGUCAGAGCCUGAGCUGACAAGCGGUGGUAUUAACGUAGAUUUUGUAUUAGAAAAGGAGCGAUCCAGGAUAUUGAAACUUGAAUCAACAAUCUGUAAGCGGGAGGAGACACAGAUAUCGGAAAGCUGACUCGGAAGCUUCUGGACCAAGCUGGCCUUUUUGUUAUAGAUCACACUGUAGUCACUUUAUCAGCAGAAAUAUCUGAAAGACAGUCAGAACCUCGCAGUGCAUCGUUGACCUGGGCUAUUAUUUAAUUUCUUUUUUUUCUCUCGAUGGACCCAGUGCUUGCUGUGAUUUCCUCUGGUGUAUCUAACUGUCAGCUGUUAUUUUUUAACGUAGAAGUGUUGAGCAGAGCUGAGGAGAUUCCCUUCCUGAUUAUGACCCAAGCCGUCUUUUAGUUAUUUCUGCCACUAGACCCGAAAUGUUCGGUUUUUACACUCUGGGUUUGCACGUAUGGAACGAUGAUUUGUGUCCAUGAUUAUUUAUCACUAACUGUUUUAUGGCCAAGAAUGAAUUGUGAUUCGACGGGUUUUCGUUGUCAAUAAAGAUGAAGUGUCAGUAA